AUGAAAGAGUCAGUGAAUUCAACAAAGGAUGGUGCCAAUGUUGAUGCAAAUAUCCUUGAACUUAAGAAUGCUGAUAAUUCUACUGCUACUAAUAUUAAUAUUACUACACCUGUAACUUCUGGUAACGAAGUUUUGAAAGUUUCUGUACUCGUUAGUUCUGGCUUGGAUGAUAAUCUACAGGUAAACCAACAAGACGAAAGUUAUGUAGAACUGGCCGUACCCCUUCAACAUAGUGAAACUUUGAAAAAUUUGGUAAAUAAUGAUUCUACUGGCAACAACGAUGACGUCAUAACUUAUCCUAACUUAUCUGAAUCGAAACUUAGCGUCGAAGAUAUCAAAGAAAACGAAAGUGAAAGUAAAGUUAAUGAUGUUGGGGGAAAUUACCGGCGUCCAAAAAUAUUCUCAAUUGCAAAUUACACGCCACAUCUUCAGUAUUAUCCAGUUUGGAAUCAUUAUAAAACAUCAGAUGAGGCUAAUGAUAUCUUGUCAAGUAACAUUCAAUUAUCAGAACAGAAUUUUGAACCAUCCGUUGCUACAAUUGACAAGAGUUUGAAUGAUAAGACAUCGCUGGCACGCAAAGAAGCCGGUGAAAUUACAUUAAAUUCACGCCUUCUUAAAGAGCUAGGACCGAUAAGUAGACAGGAUUAUAUAGAAAAUAUCAAUUUUAAGUGUAACUUCUAUCAUAAAGUUCUAUGUGACCCGAUAAGCCACUGCAGUAAGCCAACUUAUGAUUUCAACAAUCCUCUUUCUAUGAGCACCAGAAUGUAA